GUAUCCAAAGGAAAGUUCCAUUCUGUUUGUGCCGGGGAAUCAUCUUGCUGCACGUUGUAAGCCUGGAGAGAUCCGUGAAUUUGCAAAUUUUUAAGGAGCGCAAUACAAAAAACAGUACUUCUCAGUGGAAAGCACACUUGUGCCAUUUUCAAAAAGGUGGAAAAUGCUGAUGCUUCAAUUGGUGAAUAAGUUUCAUUGAAUGCUUCAAAUCUGUUGCAUAAUGCCACAGUGAGGAAUGCUGCUAAUAAAGACAACGAUAGAACAGGCCAGUCCUUGAAGGACAGAAUGUCAACUGUGCAAGAGGUAGAGGCUUCCGGAUCUCUGCUACAUCACAAUAUGAAUCCUGAAGUAAAAACAGAAGAACAAGACUCCGUUGACCCCAAGCCAGGAGAGGGAAGAACACAUUUUCUAAACUUUGGGAAAAGCAAGGAAGAACCAAAACAUAACGUGAAAGAAGAGCCAGAGGAAAAUCCAUCAAAGAACUGGGAUGCCCAGUUGCAAGAGUUUCUGAAGACACUGCAGGGUCCUCAGGGAAGAAGAGAAGGUUCACAGUUCCUGGAGCCAAAGCUCUGGAAUGGUCCUAAAUUGUCUCGGAUGUCCUCUCAAGGAGGAAUGGAUACCAGCAAAUGGUCGGAAGAAAUGUGGAUUUCCCAGAUCGAGACUCAUCUCGUUGGGACAACCCAAGACGAUUGGGACACCCUUCUGGAUGUUGCCCAUGGUGGGAAGGAGAAGAUUGGAGAUCUGGCUGAAGAAGCCAUCAGGGUGGAGACAAGAUGCCAUCCCUUCCGGACCCUGAGCUACGAAGAGGCCAAGGGACCUCGAGACUUUUGCCAGCAGCUUCAAGAGCUUUGUCGUGAGUGGUUGAAACCAGAGAAACGCACCAAGGAGCAGAUCCUGGACCUGGUGACCUUGGAGCAGUUUCUGUUUGCCUUGCCUCUGGAUAUGCAGAAUUGGCUCAGGAAAUAUGGCCCAGAGACUUGUGCUCAUGCAGUGUCCUUGUCAGAGGAGUUCCUCUUAAAGAGACAAGAGGCCCAGACAUGGGAACGGCAGGAGCUGCAUAAGAAAUCACUGCACGGUAUCCAGGAAAGAAACAUUUCUGCACAAGGAAAUCUGAAAAUAAAGAUGACAGAGAUGUCAGAAGAAGAUAUUGGGAAAAUGCUCAAGUCGAACCAGCUUCUGUCAGAACCACCAAAGGACGAGGAUUUCAGAAUGAGUAAACCAGAGAGUGACGGCAGCCAAAACUUGACAGGCAUCGGGUGGCUGAAUGAAGAUGGCGAAUCAAAGCUGAUGAAUUCUGAGAGAAGGGAGCCUCUAAGGAUGUUCUUGAAAGCUGCCAUUGAGAGCGAUCUGCCGGUUUUCAAAGAGAACAAUGGAAGCCAUGACGCGGCACCUAGGCAGAAUGGAAGUGAUGUUAGGAAGGGAGUGGGCCAGUUAGUUCAGCCCCAAAGUGUUUGCCCAGGAUUCAGAGGCCCUGCUGUCCAAGAGGAGGAGGAGAUAAAUAAUAAGGGGAGUGGGGAAGGGGCGCAACAAAGCUCACAGAUUACAACAACUGAAAGCCCCGAUGCAGAAGAGAAGCUGUUCCGAUGUUGGCAUUGUGGUAAAAACUUUGGUAACAGCUCCCAUCUGCUGACCCACGAAAGGACCCACGUUGGUGAGAAACUCUACAAAUGUUCUCACUGUGGAGAAAGUGAGAGGAUCCACAAAGGCCAGAAGCCCCACAAAUGCUCUCAUUGCGGGCAGACGUUUGACAGUCAUGCUCACGAGGAGAUCUCCGCGGAGGAGAAGCCUUACGUGUGUGCCGAGUGUGGGGAAAGUUGUAGUCAGAAAUCCGAUCUUUUGAAACACCAAAGAACCCACCCGGGUGAGAAGCCUUACAAAUGCUCUGUGUGCGGCGAAAACUUCCGAAAUGAGUCGAGUCUCAUAGUGCACCAGAGAAUCCACACUGGUGAGAAACCGUAUGUGUGUUUGUACUGUGGGAAGUGUUUCAGCCGGCGCUCGCACUUCCUGUCGCACGAGAGAAUUCACACAACUCUAUGCUCCCACUGCGGAAAAAGUUUCAGUCAGAAAUCGGAGCUGUUGGAACACAAGAAGACUCACCUGGAGGAAGAUUUGUUGGCUUGUUUUGCCUGCGGGAAAAUAUUUGAACGCAGCUCUGAGCUCUUGGCGCAUGUGCAGACUCACCAAGAGAAGCUGUUUGAGUGCUCGGCCUGUGGGAAAAAGUUUCGGAACAGUUUGCAGCGCCUUGCGCAUCAGAAAGUCCACACAGGAGAGAAGCCGCACAAAUGUUCCCAUUGUACGAAAAGCUUUAGCCAGAGACACAGUCUGAUAGCUCAUGAGAGAAUCCAUACUGGAGAAAAGCCACACAAGUGCUUAGUGUGUGGAAAAAACUUCCGAAGCAUCUCGGAUCUCAAAUCUCAUGAGAGGACUCACAGGGGAGAGAAACCCUACCGUUGCUCUCAUUGUGAUAAAAGUUUCCGGUGGAGUUCACAUCUCCUGUCACACAAGAGGAUUCACACGGGAGAGAAACCCUACCUGUGUUCUGAUUGCGGGAGAACGUUUGACAAGAGAUCCAGCCUUCUGGUGCACGUGAGGAUCCACACAGGGCAGAGGCCCUACGUGUGUACGGAUUGUGGGAAAAGUUUCUUCUUCAGCUCGGUCCUUUUGCGGCAUCAGAAGGUCCACGUGGGAGAAGAUGUUGCAAGGUGGUUAGAGCACGGGAAAGGUUUCGGACAGCAUGGGGACCAGGCGGAAAAGGUCUCAAAGUGUCCUGAGUGCACCCAGGGACCGUCUCUGAGUUUGGAUCUUGAACAUGCGCAAAUGCAAUUGAAAGGAAAGAGAUUUGAAUGCCCGCUCUGCAGCAAAACGUUCAAAAACAGCUCUCACCUUAGGAUGCAUCAGAGUGUCCACACCAAAGUUCAACCAAGCCAAUGUCUGGACUGCGGGCGAAAUGUAAUCAGGAAGCCUAACCUCAUUGCCCCUUUGAAAAAGCUUUCUGGGCAAACCCCAGGGAAAUGCUCAGAAUGUGAAAAACGGUUGAAUUUGAUCUUGGGAGGAAAACGUUGACCUCGACCUUCUUCCACCCAUCUCCUUCCUGAAUGUUACACUUCCUGUCCCUUAAAAAAGAAAAGAUUCUUGUGUCAGAGGACAUUUAGGGGUGGUGGUGACGUGUACGUCAGUCAAAAAAAGGCCCAGAUGGCCAUACCCGUGGAAUCAAAGCUCAGCCCUUUUGAUGUGGAGCUAUUCCACGAUUUAUGAUGUUUAGUGACCGUUGGACGCUACGGCCUACCUGAAGAAGAUCAAACAUUUGGAGGAUUGGGUAUCCCGUUGGCAUCACGUGACCGUACUUUGGGCGUUGGGCAACAAGGACAGAUUUACAGCCCUUUGCUGUGUCAUAUGGCCGUGUGACUGUUUUACAACCGAUUUGCCAAAAACUGGCACUUCUGUUUUUUUUUACCAAAACUGCAUUUAUAAUGAACAAUGGGUAUCCACUUCUGUUAUGUUUGCUUUAACAACCGGUGUUCACACAGUCACAGUGAUUCACUGAGGUAUAUAAUAAUAAUAAUAAAGUUGGAAGGGACCUUGGAGGUCAUCUAGUCCAACCCCCUGCUCAGUCAGGAAACCUUAUACCAUUUCGGACAAAUGGCUGUCCAGUCUCUUCUUAAA